AUGCCAAUCAAGAGUGAAACGACGCCGCCGCCGAGAAUCGGGAAGAUCGGGCCGUACACUGUGUUCGUAACACCUUCGCCCACACCCAAUCCGAGUUUGAAACCGGAUUCUCCCAAAAAACCUGUUGACGUUCCGGUUCAGGUCCAGACUCCGGUUCAAAAAGUUGUACAGCCUCCUCCUCCGGUUCAAAAAGUUGUACAGCCUCCCCCUCCGGUUAUGGCUCCGCCAGUGCAGUACUGUGAAGAUAAGUCUGUCUUUGCUUUCUUCUGGGACGCCGUGGCCAAAGUCCAAAACGCUCAUGCGCAAAUGGAAAGAACCAACCAGAGGCAAAAGCACAAAGUGGAAUGCAAAAUGUAUAACGCGAGCAGGGUAUCUUUCAAGCAAGGACACCUGUGUAAAGAUGGUGGAUUUGUGGUGAUGAUGGCGUCGACUAUGGGUUUGGGGAUUUUUUUAGUGGGUGUAGUGGGUGUGGUGAGGUGGUUGAGUGUGGUGCGGCGAGGUGGUGCCGACGAUGCGGUAGUCUUGGCAAGUACUUACUGGGCGGAGAUAGCACACAAUGUCUCUACAAAGAAAAUGAAGGAAAUUGUCGAGUGUGCAGCACAGUUGGAGGAUGUUGUCACCAACAGAUUGGCUAGGUUGCACGGCCAAGAGGAUGAGUGA